UGAGCUCCAAAGCUCUUAAACUCAACUGCUGUGUGAUGCCCGCUUCAAAAAAUCGCUCCCGCGUCCGUCAGCCCCUCGCUCGCUCGCAGCCGGCUGCUUCGGGUGGCGAUGUCUCCGUGAGAAAAGGCGCGUGAAAAGUUGUGUUAAAUGUUUGAAAUACAAGCCGCGCGCCGAGAAGGGACUCCGCUCCUCGUGUGCGCGACACCUGGCCGGUGUGUGUGCGCGUCAGCCUCCGCCGAGCGACGGCCAAAGUAGUCCGAGGCAGGACACCGAGAAACUCUUCUUUGUGACGCUUUUCCACAAACUCCCUCAAAGUGGCUCACGUUCUGGCCAACCAGCCCGGCGCCACGGCUGCUCUUCAGCCCGCCUGGAGGACUGUGAGCAGCAGCAAGAGGAUGGCAUCAGAGCUGGCAAUGAGCAACUCCGACCUGCCCACCAGUCCCCUGGCCAUGGAAUAUGUUAAUGACUUCGAUCUGAUGAAGUUUGAAGUGAAAAAGGAGCCGGUCGAGCCCGAUCGCACCAUCAGCCAGUGCAGCCGCCUCAUCGCCGGGGGAUCCUUGUCUUCCACGCCGAUGAGCACGCCCUGCAGCUCUGUGCCCCCCUCCCCGAGCUUCUCGGCGCCCAGUCCGGGCUCGGGGAGCGAGCAGAAGACACACAUAGAGGACUUCUACUGGAUGUCCGGUUACCAACAGCAGCUCAAUCCAGAGGCGCUGGGCUUCAGCCCCGAGGACGCGGUCGAAGCGCUCAUCAACAGCAGCCACCAGCUCCAGUCGUUCGAUGGCUACGCCAGGGGCCAGCAGUUCACAGGCGCAGCCGGCCCGGGAGGCGCCAUGGCCGGGGAGGAGAUGGGCUCCGCCGCGGCGGUAGUGUCGGCGGUCAUCGCGGCGGCCGCCGCUCAAAACGGGGCUCAGCACCACCACCACCAUCACCACCACAACCACAGCGGGACCGGGGGAGGAGGAGGGGGCGGCGGAGGUGGCGGCGGCCACCACCACCACCACCAGGCGCCCGGCGUCCAGUCCAACGGCGUCUCCGGGACAAAUCAUCACCCGCACAUGCGCCUGGACGACCGAUUCUCUGACGAACAGCUGGUCACCAUGUCCGUGCGGGAGCUCAACCGGCAGCUCCGAGGGGUCAGCAAGGAAGAAGUGAUCCGACUCAAGCAGAAGAGGAGGACCCUCAAGAACCGAGGCUACGCGCAGUCGUGUCGCUUCAAGCGCGUCCAACAACGGCACGUCCUGGAGGGCGAAAAGACGCAACUGGUGCAGCAAGUGGAGCACCUCAAGCAGGAGAUCUCCAGGCUGGUCCGGGAGAGGGACGCGUACAAAGAAAAGUAUGAGAAGCUCAUCGGCAACGGCUUCAGAGAAAGUGGCUCGAGCAGCGACAACAACCCGUCGUCUCCGGAGUUUUUCAUGUCAUCCAGAAAAUUCCUCCAUCUGUGAUUUCAAGCCCCAUUCUUCUGCACCCUUGGCUCCCUGAGACGACUCUACAACUGAGCAGUUAGGACAUCAGAGCAGCUGACCAAUCGCAUGAAGACACCAACAAAGCACAACAUUCAAAAAUGUCUUCACUGGAGGAACAAAAGACAGACCUGCUGAAAUUCCUCAGAGUUGCUACUUAAUGACUCCUUCCCGAAUAUUUUACCUCCAGCUUUUUUCUACAAAAUUCAAAAAGAAAAAAAGACUAAAGUCAAGAGACAGCGGCAUCGGGAGGACUAUUUUCCCUUGAGCAGUAACUUGACUAAUGCAUGCUUCUGUAAAUAGAUCAUAAUAAAAAUGUACCCACACUUCUAAUGCGGGCCACAUACCAAGUCGUUCUCACCAUCCCAUAAACCUUCAUGACUGUGUAUAGUCCUCUUGGCCUGCCAUUUUCCACAUGAAGCCACUUUUCUUGUUCCACACACCAUAUAAUUAUCAUUUCCAGUAUCAUUUCUCAUCAUCUUAUUGGGACUGUAAAAAAGCAAAAGUGCUUCCAAUUAUCACUUGGCCUGGUCUUUCCCCUCCAGCAUCCACUUUAAUACAUGUAAAUAGAUGCGGACAAAGACAAAAGCAUGAAAAACUAUACAGAACAUAGUGUAUUACUGCAGCUCCUCAGUUUUAUUGACCUCAACAUCCAUGUGUGGAUAUUUUAGUAAUGGUUUCUAACAAAACUCUAAGUUGUUUUAUAUAUAAAAAUGCUAAAACACAAACAUGUUUCUGCUAGACUGCAUUCAAGAUCAUAGCCAGAGGUGAAACUAUUGUAUUUGUAGAGAAUGAAACUUACACAAUUUUUUCUACUUGUAAAAAAAGAAGCCACAAAGGAAAGCAAGCAUAUGUGUUUCACGAGUUAAAUAUGGCUUGGAAAAGUUUAUAUUUCUCUCUAUAGGAAAUUGUUUGGGUUUUUCCCUCCAAUCAUUUCACUCUAGUAAUCCCUGGAAAGGCCCAUCUCCUCAUUUCAGGAGCAACGUUUGUUGUCUUGCAUGGUUGUCGUUGAUCUCAUCCAGAUUAAAUAAAAGGACACCUCGUCAAAGGCAUCUUAACGAGGACACCACUGUAUUCUAUGGACCAUGAUGAUAAACACAUGUAUUGACAUAUAAGAUGCCAAAACGGAGAACAAAAAACCUUACAUGGUCAGUUGGAAACUGAUCACCGCUUUUCUAUCCUUUUAUACCCCCUACCUCUCAAUAAGUGAUCUGCACAGAGGCUCCUGUCACUUUUUAUCAACACAGUCAAUAUGCUUCUCUGUUGCAUGACAUGAGGAGAACCAUUGCAUUGUUGGAAUUUGGAGGCGGACAUUUCACUGGAAAAAGACAAAACAAUUAUUCACUUUGAUGCUCAGUGAAAUAAGCUAAAACAUGGUCAUAGGUUUGCACCCAAAACACAGCAUAGCUCAACUAUACCACUGUAUAUAUGUACAGUAUUGUAUUUCCAUUUUGUAUAGCCAGAGAUGCUGCAUGUUGAGUUGGAACCUUAUCACUACAUAAGCUUCAUCACUUUUCCUCACAAGUACAACAACUCAUGUACUUUUAGCUCACCUAAUCCAAUAAUGAGUUUCACAACUUAGCCAAACAGGCAGCAGCAGUGUCAAUGGGUCUUAAACAUUUUUUUUUUUUUAAUAUAAGAAACGUAACCUCACUUUUGAUGUCCCAUUGAACCUGGCCACAUUGAGCGUGGGUGGGGAAGGAGAGGAAGGGAGGCAAACUGGGGCGCGCCAAUUAAAUGGCAGCUUACAAAGUGGUACAGGGCAUAUUGCCAGCAGCUGUCCAUUCAUCCAACGUGAAAGGGAUUUGUACAUCUCAGUGAGUCGACACGCUGCCAGAGAAGUCCAAAACCAAAGUAGAGUUCUGAAAGUGUAUAGUAUCCAACUUUUGUCAAGUACGGUGUUGGCCCGUUUACCCUGAAAAUUGUACUUUGUGAUAAACGGCAACAUUAAUUCAGUUGACCUAAAGUUAUAAGUACGUUAUGCUGCUAUGCUCUCAUGAACUUAUGUCCUGUUU